AUGCCUCGCGCUCUUCAGCGCCAGUCUGCUUUCCCGCCUCCGCCACUCCGCCUUGCCGCUUCCCCGCCUCUGCACUCCUCCGCCACUCCGCCUUGCUCCCUCUCCGCCCUCCGCCCGCGCGCCAUGUCGUUCCCGGAGCUGCUGGCGCGGCAGGCGUCUAUCUGUAUGGGCGCAGGUAUGGGCGCAGGUGUGGGCACAGGUGUGGACGCAGGUGUGGGCGCAGGGGGGCUGGGGGAGGUCUGCUGGGGCGGGCAUGGUGGCGGCGGAUGGGGUGGGGGGGAGAGGUGGGGGGGCAGUGACAACGGAGGGGAAGGGGGCAGUCGGAUACAGGCGGGAGGAGUGGGGAUGUGGACACACUCUGAGCGGGGGCGUGGGGGGGAGUGCAGGGCGGAGGGGGAGGAAGCUGGGUGGGGAGGGGGUAGGGGCGCCUGUGGAGAGGAGGCAGAAGAGGAUGAUCAAGAACAGAAAAGAGAGUCUGCUGCUCGGUCCUGGGCGAGGAAGCAGACUCACAUCUGCAUACACCCCUCCCCUCCCUCCCUCAUUCUCUCCUCUCCGUCUUCCUCCUGCACCCCCUCCCUUCCUCUCCCCCCUCCUUGUUUUUCCGCUCCUCCCUCGCCCCCUCCAUUCCCCCCUCUGCUCGCCACCUCCCCCCAUCCCCUUGCGCUCAUCCUCCUUCCCCCCUCCCAGGUGUUUCACGACACGCCGGGGCUGACAGUGUUUCACGACACGCCGGGGCUAACAGUGGCGCUGCCAUCACAGCCAUUGUCAGCAUCGCAGCACCAAGGGUCCCUCCUCGCGUCGUCCGCUGCCCUGCACUGCAGUGUGGUGGCCCUGGUCAUUGACCCUGACCGGCAGAUCAGAAGGUGCGUGCAAGGAGGAGGGGAGGAAGACAUGGGGAGAAAAGGGCAAGACGGCAGGGGAGAGGGGAGUAUGGAAGUGGUUGAUGUGGUGGCACUGGUGAAUGAUGCCCACCGGCAGACUAGGAGGCCGGACCCGCGGGUGCGGCGGAUGGUGGGAGUGGUAGGGGCGGAGCGGAGGGAGGGGCAGCAGCGCAUAGCGGUGGUGAGCAAGGUGGACCUGGUGAAGGUGGACCUGGUGAAGGACAAGCGCCUGCUGCUGCCCCUCGCACAGGAGCUCACCACGUUCCACUCCAUCGAAAGAAGUGACACCACGAUACGUUACGCCUGCGUCCCUCCUGCAUCCGCCAUGUUGUUCCAAUAUGAGCCAUCUCUCGCUCUCUCACUCCCUCCCACACAUGCCUGGUCCAUACCCAUCCUCUUGCCGCACACACACCAGGCGGUGCAGGCGCCUUGGGAGGAGGACCCUCGUCUGUGCACAGACCAGUCCCCUGAGCAGCGGGCCAUGCAGAUCGUGAGGGAGCUGCUGCUGCACCACGUGCACCAGGUGCGUUGA